GUGCUGUAGGAGGCUGCUGGCUCUCUUCUUGAGCAGCCCAGCAGCCCUGCCUUCUUUGCUGGAGAAUAUAUUCAGGGAUUCCCCUUAAUAAUCACCUACCCUCUGAGCACUUUGUACUUUUAAAAUAAUAAAAAGCCCCCCAACGCGUCCUCCCCCCAAAAGCAGGAUCUCCUCAGAGCCAGGGGGGCAGCAGCUGCUCAGCACAGAGCCCGAGCCCAUUCCCGGUCCCUCUGCUGGGGAGGAAACUCUGGUCUGUCAGCCCAGCAGAGGGAAAGGGGGGAGAGGCGAGAGAGGAGAAAAAAAAAGCAGCUGGAAAGACAAUCUGCUUCAUCUGACUCAUCAUCAUUCCAGGAUAGUGGUUUCCUUGGGCCCUCUCCUAACAUUGAUAUGGUACAGAAGAUUUAAAAUCAGCUGAUGUUCACAAGGAAUAGAGUCACGUGAUGUAUGAAGGCAAACACAUACACUUCUCUGAGGUUGACAAUAAGCCCUUGUGCUCAUAUAGCCCCAAACUGUGCAAGCAGAGGCGACUUAACGGCUACGCCUUCUGUAUCAGACACGUUCUGGAGGACAAGACUGCCCCCUUCAAGCAAUGUGAAUAUGUGGCCAAGUAUAACAGCCAACGGUGCACCAACCCUAUCCCCAAAUCUGAAGACCGUAGGUACUGCAACAGCCACCUACAGGUGCUUGGCUUUAUACCUAAAAAGGAGAGGAAGAAAAAGAAUGAUCCAGUAGAGGAAGUGAAGGUCAGGCACCAGAUGGAUGCUAUGGCCUUCAGUCUGACAGUGCCCACACUGUCUUUGAAGAUGUCCAAUGGACUGGAUGGGAUGUCCCUCUCUCCACCAGGGGCCAGGCUUCCUCUCCACUACCUGGAAGCAGAGUUAGACGAUCCCUUUGCUUUCAACGAGGAGGAUGAUGACUUAAAGAAAGGGGCAACAGUGAGGAAAAAGUUGCAGAGCAAAUUGGCCCAAAAUCGGCAACGCCAGAGAGAAACAGAGAUUUUAAAAGUUCACCAAGAGCACUUUAGCCCCCUUCCUGCACCUUUGCAGCAGCAGCCACUGCAGCAGCAGCAGCACUCCCAUCUGCCACCUUUAUCAACUUCUUUAAAGCCUCCAGCGCUACCGCAGGGCGUAGUCUGCAAGUCACCUCAACCUCAGAACACCAGCCUACCAAUGCAGGGAGUGGCGCCCACCACACACACUAUAGCACAAGCAAGGCAGAUGUCUAACAAGAGACCCCUGCCUCUCCUGCCACCCACUAGGGCUCCUGUCAUGGACCCGCAAAGGGCUGAUCGGGUCCUUAUGAAAGCCACAGCCUUCUCUCCACACUCAUCCUGCAUGAGCCGGCUACAGAGACUGGUGAAACUGUGCACUCGAAAAAAGCAGCUGGAGACUGAUCUGUUUCCACAUUUAGGGCUGGACUGGUCUGAAGACAGUGGAGAAGAAUUAGAGGAUUCAGAGCAAACUUCACCAUACCAGGUUGCAUGGUCUAUCCGGGAAACCCUCCGAUACGAAAGACAUGAGUCAGAUGAUGAUGCAGAUAACCGGAGUUCCAGGGUGACCCAACUUUGCACUUACUUUCAGCAGAAAUAUAAGCACCUCUGCCGCCUGGAGCGGGCGGAAUCUCGUCAAAAGAAAUGCCGGCAUACGCUCCGGAAAGCUUUGCUACAUGCGGCCAGCAGAGAGCCGGAAUGUGCGGGGCAACUCAUACAGGAACUCCGAAGAGCUACAUGCACUUGGACCAGCACAAGCCAAGCCACGCAGAGAGAUGCAGACCCAACAACAUGUAGUGGAUCUGUGAAGGGUGAAAAGUGCACUAACAAGGCCCUUCCAUUCACCAGGCAUUGUUUUCAACAUAUCCUAUUGAACCGUUCUCAGCAGCUCUUUUCAAGUUGCACAGCCAAGUUUGCAGAUGGACAGCAAUGCUCUGUGCCAGUUUUUGACAUUACACAUCAGACUCCUCUGUGUGAAGAACAUGCCAAAAAAAUGGAUAAUUUCUUGAGAGGGGACAGCUCCCGUAAAGUUCAGCACCAGCAGCAGAGGAAACCCAGGAAAAAAACGAAGCCACCUGCACUUACCAAAAAACACAAAAAGAAGAGAAGGAGGGGGCCACGGAGGCCCCAGAAACCUAUUCCUCCUGCAGUGCCCCAAGGGAACCUCAGCAUGCCCACCAGCAUUUCACUGCCAGUGGAGAUCUCCCACAUACGGAGCCCCUCCACACCGGACCUAAGUACAGAUGAGCUGCCCGAUGACAUCGCCAAUGAAAUCACAGACAUUCCACAUGACUUGGAAUUGAAUCAAGAGGACUUUUCUGAUGUCCUACCACGGCUGCCUGAUGACUUACAAGAUUUUGAUUUCUUUGAAGGUAAAAAUGGAGACCUCCUCCCUACUACAGAAGAGGCAGAGGAACUGGAACGGGCUCUACAGGCUGUAACUUCUCUUGAGUGCCUGAGUACCAUUGGAGUACUUACACAGACAGACGGUGUGCCGGUUCAGGAGCUAUCAGAUAGAGGGAUAGGGGUGUUCACCGCAGGUGCUGGAGCUCCAGGAAUGCAGUCCUUGAGUAGAGAGGUUAACACGGACCUGGGGGAGCUGUUGAAUGGGCGCAUAGUACAUGAUAAUUUCUCCAGUCUGGAGCUGGAUGAAACCUUGCUCCGUUCUGCUACCUUGUCUAACCCACCUACGCCCCUGGCAGGGCAGAUCCAGGGGCAAUUCUCUGCCCCAGCCAACGUCGGCCUUACUUCUGCCACUCUGAUAAGCCAGAGUGGACUUGGGGAGAGAGCCUUCCCAGGACAGUUUCAUGGACUUCAUGACGGCAGCCAUGCCUCCCAGAGGCCACACUCUGCCCAGCUGCUGAGCAAGGCAGAUGACCUAAUCACCUCACGACAGCAAUACAGCAGUGACCAUUCGCACUCCUCACCCCAUGGAAGCCAUUACGAUAGCGAGCAUGUGCCGUCUCCCUACAGCGACCAUAUCACAUCCCCCCAUGCCACUUCUUAUUCUGGUGAUAACUUGGCAGCUACCUUCUCAGCAGAGAUGCCCAUUAUGGCACAGCACUUGCUCCCAUCACAACUGGAGGUGCCACUUAGUGGGGUGGUGAACCCCAGAACUCACUGGGGAAAUAUCCCUGUCAAUCUUGGUGACCCCUCUCCAUUUAGCAACCUUCUUGGUGCUGAUGGACACCUUCUUUCCACCUCCCUGUCCACACCACCUACCACCUCGCACUCAGAGACCACCCAGCCUGCCUUCGCCACUGUGACCCCCAACAGCUCCAGUGUGCUUCCGGGGUUACCGCAGACCAGUUUUAGUGGCAUGGGUCCUCCCUCUGCUGAACUAAUGGCCUCCACUUCCCCCAAACAGCAACUCCCUCAGUUCAGCGCAGCCUUUGGCCAUCAGCUGAGCUCACACAGUGGCAUUCCUAAGGACCUGCAGCCCAGCCACAGCUCCAUAGCUCCUCCCACAGGCUUCACAGUCACAGGUGCCACAGCUACCAGUACCAAUAAUGCAUCUGCUCCCUUUACCACCACCUCUAACUGAGCUAGUCUGUCGGAGUAUUUGCAGGCAGAUGGGGACCCUGUGUUAUCUCUCUUCUCCUCCCUAUUUUGUCCUCCCCUUCCUUGGAAGAGGAUUUUUUUUACAGAGGGGGUUAAAAGGAAACCUCCUGCUGCAGUUCAGUCCAGGGUGGCCCCUCAGUAAACCUUGCUCUAGUGUUCACAUGUGCUAUUGAUGCACUGGUGCUCAUUUAUUACUGGCAGGUUCAACAUAACCCAAUCAAUUCCUUAAGGAUGCAGCACAGUUACUGGAUGUAAUAGACCCUUAGCAGUAAGACCUAGAAAUGGGACGAUACCUCAGAUUACCAAUGCACGUUACUGUUUCUUAGGGUUCAGGUCAGUGAUUUCCAUCCCAUUAGCAUGUCACAUUGGAAGUUUUUAUAGUGGGGGGGGGGAAAAGUCUCUUGAUUUUAAAAAAUUAGGUAACACAUGGGCAUGGAGAAUUGGCUCCACACUCAGUUUUGUAAUGGUGCACCAAAGCACUCAAGACCAUGGUUCAAUUAUUCAUUUGACAACUCCUUUAAAAUUAUUUUUUGACCUUCUCUGUGGGCAUGUGUGUGUGUUUGGGGAAGCAGCAGUGCCUUGUCGUCUACUACUGAGGCAACAGUGGUUGUGACUCCUCCUGACGUUGGUCACUGCUCCUAUUGAACGUUGAUUUAUUUUCUUUAUUUUAGGUUCAUUGAGCAGAGAGGGGAUUGACUGACAAGGGCAAAUGGGCUCUACCUGUUUGCUCAGGGCACUGGGGGUUCUUGCUGUUUCAAAGGUUAGCCCAGGGAGGAAAUACAAGAAAAUGGGAAAAGUAGAAUAAAUGAUGGUCUAGUCAAGAAUCAUGCAGAAAUUCCCAUCAGAGCUGAAUUACUGUAGUGGCACUGUAAUGUUGAUGGCUUGCCUUUUCAAAUGUGGCUUUGUCCAGAACUCUUUGCACAGCAAGUGUUUCUUAGCUGAAACGGGAAGAAUUCUAUUUGUAUGUAUUGGUAUGCAACCCAUUUAAACAAACCUACAUCAAGCCCCUUCAGUAAACUGAAAAUAGCUGAAUUUCUCACAUUCUUUGUUGCCGCCGAGACUCUUUCUGUAAUAGCAGUGAUUUUGUACCAGGAACCAUACAGGUUUUAGGACAUUGGUGAAACUGGUGCCCUGUAUGUGAAGUUGAAUGUAUAUGGGAACCGGCGGGUACAAAUUUGUGGUUACCACUAACCAAAACCAAACUUACAAGCAAAAUAGGGAAAUAAGAAAAUCCUUCUGUCCACAACACCUUGUUGCUUUUAUUGCCUGUUUGCUGAAAAUGGUUUUAUGUCUCCUUGAUCAUAAAGUCAGCUCCUUAUAAAGGCAGUGGAUUCCUCUUAUAUCUGACUCUUCCUUAAAGAGUAACAACAAAAUUGGUUCAAGUAGUUUGCUUGAAUCAUCUCCCUCUUCUCCCCCGCUUCCCCAAAAGAGAAUGUGCUUGUGAAAAUUGUGACUUUUGUAAAGAACUAACUAGCCACUAUGUGAAAGUAAUUCCUACCUGAUUGCUAAACAAAGUCUCCACUCUUUGGUUUCUUUCUAAGAUGCAUAGAAGAAAAGAUAAAAAGUAAAGCAAAUUUCUUUAAGCAAGGGAUUAUUGAACUGAGUUCAGUUAUUCCUUAGUAUGUGGAGAGUAAUGUAUCUUCCCCCGAUAUAUGUAUUCUGUUUAUGCUAAUGAUGAAAGUCAAACCCUCUGCGCCCAGACUUCCUGAGGGGUAGGGAUUAAGAACUGCAUCCACACUUCCUGGAUGCAGCUCAUCUCGGGUUUAUAUCCCUCUAGGUAGAGCCAAUCCCAUUUUAAAAGCUUUGUCCUGUUUUCAAGUAUAACAGAAUAAGCCCUGUGGGUUUCAGCCCUUUGAUGAAAUUGCAUAUGUGGAUGGAUGAGGAAACAUUCAUUUCUAAGUGUGGUCUAAGUGUGUUUGUCCUUAUUUAUGUGUUUUCAAAUUAUGUCCUAAAUGAAAUGAGGCUUACGAAACCCUAUUGUGCUGCCCAGCUGAUUGAGGAAUGCCCACUUGACGUUGUAAAAUGAGGAAGAGCUGAUAGGGCAUUUGUUUUCAUUUUGUUUUUUAUUCUGUCCUCUGCUUUCCCUUCUCCAAUGCUUGUGAGGAGACAAAUGUUUGAUUGCAUUGUUUUUCCUUGUGUUAAUAUUCUUUAGUGUAUCAAGAUGAGUGACUGAAAAAGAAGGGUGAACUAGUUUGCCGAAUGGGAAAAUGAUCAAUUGUUAAAUCUGCCAGUAUUAAAUGUCAUGUGGCAAGAUGUUCUGCAGAUUAGUUUGAAGAUUUUGAAUAUGAAAUAUUUCUCAUGCUCAUCAAAACUUCUCCUUACCUAUCAGUAGAGAAAACUCUUGGGCCCAAUUUCUGUUCUCCGUUACAUCCGUGUAAAUCAUGGAGUACUUCUUUUAGCCAGGUGAGUUACUGUGUAUUUACCCAAGUGUAACUCAGAACAGAAUCUAGCUCUUAACUGGUAAUUUCUUUAGGCUGGGAUUUUCCAAAAUGCCCAAGGGAAUGUAAGUACACAGCUCUCAUUUGAAAUCAUCUUCCCAUAAGGCAGCUUUGGAAGUCUCCGCCUUUAGAUCUCCGCUUUAUGGAACUGUUGGGGAUUUUUCCUAGACAUUGGCUGAAUAACAUUUUUCAUGAGCAGAUUGAGUUUGCAGUAAAUCUACACCCAUAAAAUGUUUUCCAUUUGAAGUGCUUUAGAAAAGGAAUCCCGAUCUACUUUCCAGUACAGCGGUUUGAAAUGGUCAAGACUGUUGCCAGUUGCAGCUUCUCUACAUCUAAUUGAAGUAUAGCCAACUUAAUGAAGUUACAUUCUAGUAUACAGUUCUGAUUGUAGGUCCUAAUUAUGCUAUGAGCACCAUGCAGGUGGAUCCCUAUAGCCAUACAAAGCCCACUAACUUCACCAGGAGUCUGCCUACAUAGAGUUCAGUGCAGGAUCAGCACCAUAUUGUUAUGGGAAGAGUAGCGGACACAAGGACAAGUGAUUAUGCAGCCAGACAGUUCUCCCCUACCAGGAAAUAUGGGUGUUCCAUGUGGGAUUUGUCUUGGUUCUUAGGGCCAUUGAGAUGGUUCUCAUUCAUGCUCUCUUGAAAGGGGUUUUUCCCUCCCUGUAAUUCAGCAAUUAGCACUAAUAAUCCUUUUACCAAGAGUCAAUGUAGCAAUUCCAAUCCAUUUGUUGAAGUGAUCGGUAUCUAUUCUGCCACUUAUAAAUGAAGUAAAUAGACAAAUCUUAAAAUAAAAAUAUGAUGUUUUAAAGAAUUAGAAGGCAUUUGACAGAGAUGUUUAGAAGCAAUAAUGUCCUUUUUGGUAAUAAUGUAAUGUCAGGUGGUCUUAGCACACUGACAUAAAAAUUGGCAGAGAUUUCACUCUUGACAAAGAUUAACUUUGGUUGGGCAGUUUAUGGAGAACAGUGAGGGACAGCAUGAUGCUGGCUUGGUUUAUAAAGCAGUUACAUUUAAAAUAAGAUUACAUUCUGUCAGCAUUUCCCUUUACCAUUUAGUUUAUUAGCUUAUGCCAGUGCUAAAUUUGCCUAACUCAGCUCCCAUUGGCAAUUUAAUUGGAAAGAGGGAAUGAAAUUGAAGUUGGGAUUUGAUCCAUUGGCUCUACUAAUUGCUAUAUUAUGAAAAGUACCUGUGAAAAGCUAUAUCAUCUCCAAUUCUCAUUUUUUCCCUUUUGUCAAGACACAUGUUUGUUUUCUUGCCUCUGUUAAUUGUCUUAUGGCUGCACAUCUUAAAGAAUAUCUGUUCAAAAAUAACGUACUACAGUUCUCUUCACCUACUGAGUCCCAGACUAUGCAAUAGAAAGACUUUCCAGGUUCAUUUCAUAGGCUAAUGACACAAAGGACUGUUUUCUUAAGCAAUUUAAGGUUCUCAUUUGGCAAGCAUUUCUAGGGUGCCUCCUUGGCUGAGAAGCUUGUAAUCUGUGAGCAAACAUGGGAGAUGGAGAUGAAAAUUAGAUUGCAAGUGCAAGAAAUAUAUUUGCUCUCAGGAAUGUGUGUUUGCUCUUCAAAGGGAGGGCAGGGGAAGUUAACUGUUUAAAAAAUAGUAUCUUCAUUGAAAACUAUAUUACUGUCUUCAUGAAUUGCUUUCUCUAGAGAUCAUGAUCCUCAUAAUUAGACAUUGAGAGCUCAAAUUCUCAACUGGUGUCAAUAAGCCCGGCUAUCUCAGCUUCAAAGGAGCUGUGUGCUAAUUUACCAGAGUUAAGGCUCCGGCUGUGAGAAUCUAACCAAGAACAUGGAACAGAGUUUAAUUUGCUAAUGCUUUCUGUGACCGCUGGCAUUCCCCAUUAGAAAACUAAGUUCUCAAAAAGAGGAAGAAGAUUUAGUCCUUUGAGGGUAUGCCUUCACUGUAACAUUAGCCGAGGUGUUUGGCAUCCUAGUUGGGGCACCUAUGUUAGUGUAGACUGAGUGUGAGCAGCCAGGCAGUGCUCCUCUGUGUUUGUCACUGGGAUGUCUGCGGGCAUUGCCAAUGGUGCUGCAGUAAGCUGAGCUGCCCUGAUUCUUCCCUAGGGAAUUGUGGGAGAACUCAUCUGUCCUCCUGGGCACACAGCAGGUGUGGUGCAGGGAAUGCGGGAAAGCAAUUGUCAGGCUCUGGCCCACAUCCCCAGCUGUGCACAUGAAUGUUUGUGUGUGGACAGGAGGGGAGUUGGAGCAAUACCUGAAUAAGAACACUGGCUAACUCUGCAGUGAAGACAUACACCAGGAGGGGUGCAGUGUGUCUUAAGCCUAAUUUUCCUCUUCAACAGUUGCUUUUAUCAAAGGGCUUAGUUCCCUUCUUGUCAGUGAAGGAGCCUUUAACACAGACCUGAGGCAAACUGAAAGAACCCAGAUCAGAUGUAGGCCUAGAUUGCUAAGCCUCAUGUUGGUAGAAAUGACUACAAGAAUAGAUUCAAGCUGCAGUGCUCCUCAUAAGACUCUUUAGCUUGGGUGGGAGCGAAUGGGUGUUCUAGGCUGCGCCUCUUGUCUCCUUAAAUUUCAUCCCUUCUUUCCCACUCUCUUCACCAUCUUCUUUCACUCUCCACUGCCAUCACCGUGACACAAAAAUUGCCAUUUAAAAGCCUGUGCGGUUGAUAAUGAGCAAACACUAUGAUUGUUUUAAACAAAGGAUUAGGUGAGGUUCCUGUGAGUCAUAAUAUAAAUUAGGAAGCCAGAGCAGCAGUGCAAUAGAAUAUUGAGUAAGAAUUCACAGACUAUUGAGUAACAUGACGAUGCUAUGUGAUAUCAGAAAGUUUUUAGCUAGCUGCUGAGAAUACAACCGUGGUCACCACUCACAGAGAGCUAUGUAUGCUCAGGAACUUCACAUGAAGUUUUUUUUCCUGUAAGUUCCUUUUAUUGUAAAGGAAGUUGCCAGUAGAAUAUUCCAUACAUUUUUCCAUGCAAUUAGCCUUACUUAAAAAACAAAGUUUUUCCUAAGCAAGUCUAUAAAAUCUGUAACUCUAUUGGCAGUAUCAUGAUUUAGUUCUUUCUCUUCUCCCCCACCCCACACACACACUAGGUGUUGCAGUUUUACAUGCUGCAAUUUUCCAAUUAUACUGAAACAAGGAUAUGUAGUGGAAGCAUGAAAGAAGAAAACACACUUUGAAUUGCAGUUUAGAGGUGGCAUUUGGAUUUUUUCCUAGAUAGCCUGAAGUGUUGAGUCAACGCUUCCCCCCGCCCCCCGUUCCCUAGCUCACAGAACUCAGUUUGAAAACUAAUAGAAUAAAACUAGGCUUUUUUAUUUUGAAACAGUAUAUACUCAAUGUAGACAAGUGCAUUCUUCCUUUCCCCCUCCUGUCCUCAACACACACACAUUUUAUGUGUAUGAAUUGGAAACAUAUGUUGAACUUGGUCUAGUAAAACUGGUGUGUUUCCUGCCCUUUAUUUUAAUUUUUUUUUUUUUUUUUUUUUUUUUUUUUUGUGAUCUGGUGCCCACCAGUAAGCUUUGGAUAGAUAAUGUUCCCAAAUCUCUCCUGGAAAACUUUAACUGUGGUGCAAAUGACACAAUGCAGCUGACUGCUACACAAUUGCUUGCUUAUACUUUGGAGUAGACUGAUCUACCCUGAAAUGACUCUUUAACCUGCAUCUUAAAAAUACAAUUGAUUCCAGUGGAAAAAGAUCCAUUCUGAAGAGAUGGACAGUUUGGUUCUCAUACAAAGUAUCUACAUCUAUUUAGAAGGGGUUGAACCAGUUUCUCUGAACAGUGAUUUCACUGUACAGUUUUGGGUAUGUCUCAGGGAUUCCUUUUGGAAAUAAGGGCAGUUAACAUAAAAAGUAAAUAGUUUUAAAAGUAAAUAAUAAUUUAAGGUAGAGCUUCAUCUAAAUGAGAGCGCAAGAAAGAGAAAUCUUGUUCAGUUUUGUAAUCCUUGGUGUCUGGCUUAGGGAGUUUCUCUUCUUGGGGUUCUCAUCUCAAAGUCAACAUACAGAAUCUUUUUCCAUCAUGCUCAGCUUUAAACUUUUAUUUAAAGAUACCCUUCCCCAAUGAGCUUUCAGAAUACUUAUUGUAGAUUUUAAGAGAAAGGUAUAUUAAUUUAUGCUAUUAACAUCACCUCAUAAAUUAUAAGUUUUAUACUAAAGCUGUAUUGAGUGUAAUGAAUUAUGUUGCAUAUGUGUUUUCAAUGGCUAUAAAAUUAUAUACAAGCUUUUUUUGAAAAACAAAAACUAGUAAAGCACCUUUUUACACUGGAUCUUUGCCGUGUCAAGGUGUACAGCUAUUCUUUGCUACCUUGCAGAUAUAUAAAAAUAAAAUGGUAUCAGCAAAACAUAGAACUCUUGUUAACCCGAAUAUUACUGCUCCUAUAACUUUUUUUUGGUUACAUUCUGCAAUAAUUUAUCAGUGAUUUGUACCUGUAAUGGUUUGAAGUUCAGUUACAGGGUAAAUGGAUCAAAUGAAAAAUUCAACUACUGUAGCUGGAAGUUGUGAACCAAGUUUGUAAGAACUUGUUUUUUAAACGUAUUUAUUUCCAGUCAUGCAAGUUGGAAUUUGAAAAGACGAAACAUUAAAUCUCAGAAUCCACAGUGUCUUAUUCAGGAACUUUCCCCCCUCCUUUCCUUAAAAAGGAAUUCCCACUGUGACUUAUAAAUAGAAUUAGACUGCUUGUGUGCAUGUAUGUAUUAUAUACGCACACAAAAAUAUGCAUUUGGGGGGGUUGUAUGUGUGAUAUGAAUGUGCAUACUGUAUGUAGGUCAUAGUUUUUGUAAAGAGAAAAGUAGUUGAGAGGUGAUGGAAUGUAUUUGUAGAAAUGUGAUUAUUUAGUAGGGGGUUACUAUGUCCUCGCUAUUGUAAAAGUAACUAAACUCUCUCUGCUACAUAGUCUUCUGUUCUAAGGCUAUCUCUGAUAUCAUGUCAAUUUUAUUCUUUAAUUGAUUUUCAUUGAGCCCUGUUAAAAUGUCAUGAAACUCUCAGGCUCCUAAGACAGCCUUUAAAAAAAAGGGGGUGGGGGGGAGGACAAGUAUUUUUAAAGAAAAUUUUAAAUGGGAAAAUUUAUAAUUAGGGUGGUGAGACACAGGAAUUAAUAUCCAUUUUCAAGAUAAUACCAGAAUCUCCCAUAUUCUGACCCAGAAUAGGUUGCCAAUCAGUCAUUCUUGUGUUUUCAGGUUAAAAAAUAUUGAGAAGGGUGAUUUUUAUUUUUUGUAAGUGGUCUUCAUUUACUGUAAAGGGUUUCAUUUUUAAAGUUAUCUAAUGUGUUUUCCUAAAGGGGCCUAUGUAUGUUAACUGCAACCUAAAAAUUGCUGCUGGGGACUUACAUUUUGUUUUCUAUAAAUUUGUACUUCUUAUCUGAGAGCUUCAUCUGCGCUGUGAAUUCGAAACAAUUAUGGACAUAUAGGGGUGUUUUUUUUCAUACUUUGAGAGGGAAAUGCUGUCUGUAUGAGGAUGCU